UGGCAGCUCCUUGGACCUGGAAUCUGUGAUGCAACCCCUUGCCUUGAACCCAUGGGACGUUGUCCUCUGCAUCUCUGGGACCAUCAUCUCCUGUGAGAAUGCCAUCGUGGUGGUGGUCAUCUUCUACACUCCAGCUUUCCGGGCUCCUAUGUUCCUCCUCAUCGGCAGCUUGGCCACAGCUGACCUCCUGGCUGGUUUGGGGUUGAUCCUGCACUUUGCCUUUGUCUACUUCAUGCCUUCAGAAGCUGUCAGCCUGCUCACUGUGGGGCUCCUGGUCACCUCCUUCACAGCCAGUGUCAGCAGCUUGCUGACCAUCACCAUCGACCGCUACCUGUCCCUCUACAACGCCCUGACCUACUACUCGGAGAGGACAGUCACCAGGACUUACAUCAUGUUGAUCCUCACCUGGGGAGCCUCCAUCUGCUACGGGCUCCUUCCCAUCAUGGGCUGGAACUGCCUGAAGGAUCCUUCUGCCUGCAGCAUCGUCAAACCGCUGAUGAAGAACCACCUCAUCAUCCUCUCUGUCUCUUUCUUCAUGGUGUUCGCCGUGAUGCUCCAGCUCUACGUGCAGAUCUGUAAGAUAGUGUCCCGGCACGCCCACCAGAUCGCCGUGCAGAGACACUUCCUGGCCAGUUCCCACUACGUCACCACCCGAAAAGGCAUCGCCACCCUGGCUGUCAUCCUGGGCACCUUCGCGUCCUGCUGGUUGCCCUUCGCCAUCUAUUGUCUCCUGGGGGAUUACAGCUACCCAGCCCUCUACACCUACGUCACCCUCCUCCCUGCCACCUACAACUCCAUGAUCAAUCCCGUCAUUUACGCCUUCAGGAACCAGGAGAUCCAGAAAGUGCUGUGGACCGUGUGCUGUGGGUGCUUCUCCUCCACUCUGCCUUUCCGCUCCCGCUCCCCCAGUGACGUCUGA